AUGAAUUUGCUAUCAUCAAGAUGUACGAUUCAGAUGACAACUUCAAGAUGGAUCAUAAUUACAAUGACAUUGAUGAUGAUGACAAUGGGAGAAUCGAUGAGACUGGAUCUGGAAUCAGGCAUCACCAAAUGCAUCUCCGACGACAUCAAAUUAAGUUAUAUGUCUGUAGGAAAUUACUCCAUCGUACAUCCCAACGAAGUUCCACAUCUUCCUGCUUCCCACAAAAUCUAUGUUACUGUGUCGUCACCUAAAGGGCACAGUCAGCAUCAUGCAGAAAAUGUAGAGAGAGGCCAAUUCGUCUUCACGGCGAUGGAAGACGGAGAUUACACAACGUGUUUUGUGGCUCCAGGUUUUAAACCUCCGGCCAAGUUUGCAGUUGAUUUCGAGUGGAAAAGUGGCGUGGAGGCUAAAGAUUGGUCCACCAUCGCCAAGAGAGGCCAGAUCAACAUGCUUGAGGUGGAGGUGAGGAAACUACUUGACGUGACGGAAUCUGUACACGAUGAAAUGUUUCAACUCCGGGAGAGGGAACGGGAAAUGCAGGAGCUAAACCGGUCAACAAACUCGAGAAUGGCAGUUCUAAGUAUACUGUCAUUGGUAUUUACGUUGUCGGUAGCCGGUUUUCAGUUGUGGCAUCUCAAGUCAUUCUUGGAGAGGAAGAAGCUUCUCUAA